AUGCCCGCGAAACUUUAUCUCAGCUGGAGCGCCACUGACCAAGAGGAGAUUUCUGCUCCCACUUUACGUCUUCACGUUCCUCUCGAAAGCUACAUCGUACUCACACUGUACCGAUAUUUGGGUGUCGAUCCUACGAACGUCGUGAUACAUUUUGUACCAUGCAAAACCCCCGCGACCGUUCUCUCGGCAAUCCUACCGACAUCCAGCUUCGGACGUCCUAUCUUUUUAACGAAAUUGGAUGGCCCACAGCUAGCUGAAGAAGAUGCGUUCUUCUGUCAAUUACCUUCGAUUGCCGUGCCUCAAACGAGUACCAUCAUUUCCGGCUUGUGUGGUGUGUGUCGCUGGUUAACCAAGCACCAUAUUGCCGAAGGAGGCACAUUCUCCGAACGGUUGCUUGGUUUCAAGGGUAACACGCUAGUGGCACCGGCAGAUGCGUCGCUGUGGACAAAGUUUUGUGAACUGGAUGCGAUACGCUGCGUCGAAGCGAUUCUGCAUCUAACUCCGGAAUCCGAAGCACUUCCGGAUGAAAUCGGUCAGUUUGAGCGCCAUCUAGUGCAGCCUCUUAAAUCGCACAACAUCUUUAAGCUAGUAAACCUUGUUAACAAUGUGCGCAUCUCAUCGGACGAGGAACACCGUCAGCUUACGGAGGGAAAAUUCGAUUUUCAGGCAAAUCACCGAUUCGCUGAAGGAUACGACAAAACCCUUGCUGACCUAAUGCUGUUCAUUUGCUUCGAACUGAUUGUACGACGACUGGGCAAGGAGUUACUGGUAGAGCAGGUGCCCUAUGUUGCCGGAUGGUACGAGCGAGUAAAGGCAGACGAUGCCGGGAUGUUGGAGGAAGUAUGCCAUUCCACCGCGCGCACCGAGGAGAAUGUGCAGCUUGGAAAGGUGCAGUUGAAAGAGGUAAACGUAAGACUUCCGGUGGAAUUUAGCCUCUACAAGGCGGAUACGAAGAAACUCAACCUUAAGGGAGAUCAAAUACUGACGACCAACCAGACGGAGGUGUUGGAAAUUUUACGUAAAGUCGAAGACAUACCUAUCGACAUUGGCAGCGAGGUGAACGGUCGCGGUAAUGAGAAUCUAUUCGAUUGGACAACGGUACCAUUGGAUGCACGACCAGAAGGAGGAAAAUUACCGAUGGUGCGCAUCCUGCGAAAGCGCCACCAGCUCGAAGCGCUCGCCAAUGAGGUGAUCGAACUGGCCGUCGAUGGCUGUAUCAUUGUUGAUUUCUGCUCUGGAACGGGUCAUCUGGGUAUUUUGAUCGCCUACCUUCUUCCACGGUGCAAGGUGUAUUUGCUGGAAAAUAAGGAAGAAUCGCAACAGCGUGCAAAGGAUCGGGUGACUCGUCUUGGGCUGACCAACGUUACAUUCUUCCAGUCUAAUCUCGACUACUUUACGGCCCGGUUCGAUAUUGGCGUCUCACUACAUGCGUGUGGCGUGGCGACGGAUAUUGUGCUGGAGAAAUGUUUCGCUCAACGGGCACACUUUGUCAGCUGUCCCUGUUGCUACGGAAAGCUGUACAACAUCGAACACAUCGCGUACCCCAGAAGUCAACUCUUCCGAGAGUCGGAGCUGCAGCUGAAAGAGUACUUUUGUAUCGCGCACUGUGCUGACCAGACGCACGAUUUGGCCAGCGAGCGGACUAAUGUAGCGAAGGCGCACCAGGGCUUCCACUGCAUGGACAUUAUCGAUCGCGAUCGUGCGCUUCGAGCCGAAGAGUUGGGAUACCGUGUACGGCGGACACGUUUGGGGCAAGAAAACUGUACCCCAAAGAAUCGACUUCUCGUGGGGACCUACACCCACGAGGAAACGGUUUAAGGGAGACGAUGAUGGUUUCAACGGACCCAAUAAAGGAUUUCAUUUUUAACGCUCUGCCUUUUGAAUCCAGAAACGUCAA